AUGCCUGAUCCUGGCCCCGACGGCGAGUUCACAAUCCUCACCCCCAACGCCAUGCUGGGGUACGGGUAUGAUGUGGACCAGUUUUGGUACGGCAUCGAAAAGUACAAGCCCCUCGCCAUCAUCGUCGAUAGCGGCUCCACUGACGGCGGCCCUUAUAAACUGGGAAUGGGAAAGAUGACUUGCGGCCGCGGGUCGUACGUCCGCGACCUCGAGCCCAUGCUGGCCGCCUGCUUCCACCACAAGAUCCGAGUCCUUAUCAGCUCUGUGGGCGGCGAUGGCAGCAGAAAGCACGUCGUCGAGAUGCUAGCUAUCGUGACCGAGAUUGCCGACCGUAAAGGGUACUCGUUCAAGGUUGCUACCAUCGAUGCCGGGAUGGACCGCGACUUCAUAAAGUCCCGCAUCGCAGUCUUGAAAGUUGGCCCCUGUGGUCCCGUCGAGCCUCUGACCGCCGAAGUGGUCGACGGCGCUGUCGACGUGGUCGCCCAGAUGGGGGCUGAGCCUUACCUCGAGGCCCUCAAGGGCGAUCCCGACAUCAUCCUAGGCGGCCGCUCAUACGACCCUGCUCCCUUUGCAGCCUUCUCCAUGUAUCACCACGUGUCGCCUGAUGCGGCCUGGCACAUGGGGAAGAUCAUGGAAUGCGGCGGCAUCUGCGCCGUCCCCAAGGGCCGCUCCAUGAUCGCCACCAUGCGCGCCGACUCGUUCGAUCUGACGCCGCUCUCGCCGGCCGAGCGAUGCACGCCCCAGUCCGUAGCCGCCCAUACCCUCUACGAAAAGACUCGCCCCGAUCGCCUCCCGGGGCCUGGGGGCGUCUUGGUUCUCGACGGUGCUCGGUACGAGCAAAUCACCCCAAAGACCUGUCGCGUCUCGGGUGCCAGAUUCGAGGCCCGCCCGUAUCAGAUCAAGCUCGAGGGCGUCACCCACCUGGGAUACCGCACCAUUUUUGUUGGUGGAAUCAGGGAUCCCAUCUUGAUUGGCCAGAUCGACGAUUUCCUGGAGCGCGUCCGAAAGUACACGCAGAAGCUGUUCCCUGAGCUCGACCAGUCCGACAGCUGCCGCCUCAUCUACCACGUCUACGGGAAUAACGGUGUCAUGGGCCCACUGGAGCCCACCCAGGCAAGCCAGGCUCACGAACUCGCAAUCCUCGGCGAGGUGGUCGCUCCCACCGCUGAGCUCUCCCACACCAUCGCCAACAACGCCAGGGCAUCUAUCCUCCACUUUGCCUACCCGAACCAGAUCGCCACCACAGGAAAUCUAGCCAGCCCGCUGUCACCUCAUGAGCAGGACGCUGGAGCAGUGUUCAAGUUCAGCCUGUACCACCUGGUCGAUCUUGAGCCAGGUGAGGAGGUCUCGUUAUUCGCCAUCAAAAAUCACAUCAUCCGGUCGACAGUUUCCGCACCUGAGCCGUGCCCUUCCAUUUCUAAGGAGAGGUAUGCAAAUCUGGACAAUGGAGAGCUCGCGCCCAUGACCAAAAAGCAGAUCCCCAGCGGCGAAGCCAGCCUUGGCCAUCUCGCCACCAUCAUUCGCUCCAAAAACUCGGGACCUUUUGAGUUGACGCUCGACGUCAUGUUCGACAACGAGGCUGCCUACAAUCGCGUCAAGGCGGCCAACGUCUUGACCAACGACAUGAUCAAGUCCCGCUACAGAGUCCAAGAUGAGGACAUCUUGACAAACAUGUACUUCGAUCCCGCCCUUGCAUGGAAAUGCACCAUUGUACGACCAUGGGCCCAGGGCAGCGUAGGCGAGCGCGACACGCUGGGCACUCAGCAGCACGCGCCUCUGCUGGCCGUCAGAGUACCCGCGGCUGGCUCGCUUGCCACCAACAGCGGCAGUAGUGCCAAGGUCGACGAGGACUCGGAAAAGAGUCGAAACGCAGCCAACUGCAAAGCAAAACCAAACCCCUUUGCCAUUCCUGGCUUCAAAAGGUUUCCAGAGGCGGUCGCGCGCGAUCGGUUCAGUGCCAUGGAUGUCGUCCGUGAAAUCUGGCUCGGCCUAGAGCUCCCUGAGGAGGCCCUUGGUUCGGUCACGCUGACUGGCGAUGAUGGAAACCCCGCCCUUCCUUCUUCGUUUAAAAUAGGUGUUCUGGCACAGUCCUCUAUCGCCUUGUCCGCCCUUGCUGCCGCACAGAUCCAUACGCUGCACAAUAAGCUCCGUACCGUUCCCAAGGUGCAUGUGCAGCUCGCCCAUGCUGCCGUCGACUUCAAAUCGGAGCGCCUCUAUACCCUCGACGGCAAGCCUCCAACCUCGUCCUGGGGACCCGUUGGCGGCCUGCACAAGACUUCGGAUGGGCACAUCCGCGUCCACGAUUCGUUCCCCAACCACCGCUACGGCAUGCUGGAGCUGCUGGGAUUGGAUGAAAAAGCCAGCCGAAAUGACGCGGCCGGCAAAAUCGCCAACUGGUCGGCAGUUGAUCUCGAAAACGUCGCUACUGCUGAGGGCAAGCUCGCCGCAUACGCCUUGCGCUCGUACGCCCAGUGGGACUGUCUUCCACAGUCUAGGGCAAUAAGCAGUUUCCCCAUCGACGUCAACCCGCUUGCUCCCCAGCCCGCCGACGUGUCGCCCACGCCGGCCCAGGAGUUUCCGGCCUGGAUGCCCAGCGGGAGCUCCAAGUGUCUCAAGGGCCUUAGGGUUGUCGAGAUGAGCCGGGUCAUUGCUGCCCCGCUCUGCGGCCGGACGCUGGCCGCUCACGGCGCCGACGUCGUCUGGGUCACCUCCCCUAGCCUCCCCGACCUGCCCGCCAUCGACCGCGACCUCGGCCGUGGGAAGCGUACCGUACAGCUGGACAUACAAAAGCCCGAGGACAAAGCCCGUCUCCUACGGCUCCUGCGGACUUGCGACGUCUUCGCGCAGGGCUUCCGUCCAGGCUCCCUCGCGUCGCACGGUCUGUCGCCCGCGGAGCUGGCCAAGGGCAACCCCGGCAUCAUCAUGGCCAACCUAUCGGCCUUUGGCCCUCGAGGUCCCUGGUCUGGCCGCAGGGGUUACGACUCUCUGGUCCAGGCGUGCGCUGGCAUGAACGUGUCCGAAGCCGAGCACGCCGGCAACGGCGAGGCCGCCAGACCGAUGCCCUGUCAGGCCCUCGACCACGCCGCGGGAUAUUUUUUGACCACCGGCGUCCUCGCGGCCGUCUACCGCCGCGCCGCCGCCGCCUCCGCCUCCGCCACCACUCAAGCGUGGCGCGUCGAUGUGUCCCUGGCCGGCGUGAUGAAGUACCUGCGCAGCCUGGGUCAGUACCCCGGCGCCACCGGCUUCGAGGGCCGCGACUACGAAAGGCAGGGCGACGUGCCGCCCGGCCUUCUGGAGACCAUGGACACGGGCUUCGGUCGAAUGAGGGCUGUGCGACAUGCUGCUAGCGUCGAGGGCUGCGAGGUUGGCUGGGAGGUGAUGCCCAAGCCCUUGGGUUCAGACGAGCCCGAAUGGCUCUGAUUGGCAUGGGCUUUCCGAUAGUGCUG